GAGCUGCCGCUCUGACCCGCCGGCCCCGCGGCUCUGCCGAAGAUGGUCACGGAGCUGCCGCGGGGCUGGGAGCGCCCCUCGCCGCCGCCGCGCUCUGCCCGGGCGUAAGUACCGCGGCGGGGAGACGGGGCGGGCCCGUGAGCGGAGGGCGGCGGAACCCGGCGGAGCCGCGCUCCGUUCGGCGGGCGGGCGCGGACAAAGCCGCGGGGCGGGCGCGGUGCCCGGCGCUGUGUGCGGGGCGGGAUGGCAGCGGGGCAGGAGGACUGCGCCUUCCUCUACCAGGACUCCGCUCACCCCGCCGGCUUUCUGGACGCGUUCCGGGCGUUUUACCUGGACGGGCUGUUCACCGACAUCACCCUGCAGUGCGCUUCUUCGGGGGUCAUCUUCCACUGCCACAGAGCCGCCUUGGCGGCUUGCAGCAAUUAUUUCAAAGCCAUGUUCACAGCCGAUAUGAAAGAAAAAUCUAAAAACCAGAUCAGACUUCCCUGGCUCAGCCAUGCCGUGCUGGAAGCCCUCGUGAAUUAUGCAUAUACAUCACAGAUCCAGAUAACAAAGGGAAACGUCCAAAGCCUACUCCAGGCUGCAGACCUCCUCCAGUUCUUGUCAGUAAAGAAAGCCUGUGAGCAGUUUUUGGUGAGGCACUUAGAUACUGACAACUGCAUAGGGAUGCACUCCUUUGCUGAACACCACAAUUGUUCAGAGCUAGAGAAAGAGUCCAGGAGGAUAUUAUUAUGGAAGUUUGAAGAAGUGUGGAAGCAGGAAGAGUUUCUGGACAUUAGCAAGGAGAAGCUCUCUUAUAUUCUCUCCAGAGAGAAUCUCAAUGUUUGGAAAGAAGAGGCAGCCAUCGAAGCUGUAGUUAAGUGGGUUGCACACAAUGUGGAAGAAAGAAUUGAAGAUGUCUGUGAACUCCUGAGCUGCCUCAAGGUGGACUCAGAUAACAUGUAUUUGAGGUCAGCUUUAAGCCUGCAGAAAAAAUGCCGACUUAAUGACAGUAAGAUAAGGUCACUCAUAUACAAUGCCUUGAACCCCAACCCCAAAAGCCCUUCCAGAAGACCCACAGCAGCCAUGUAUGUGGUCGGAGGAUAUUAUUGGCAUCCCUUAUCAGAAGUGCAUGUUUGGGAUCCUUUAACCAAUACAUGGGUCCAGGGAACAGAGAUGCCGGACCACACCAGGGAGAGCUAUGGGGUCACUAGCUUGGGACCAGACAUAUAUGUGACAGGGGGUUAUAGAACAGAGAGCAUUGAAGCUCUGGACACCGUGUGGAUCUAUAACAGUGAGAAAGAUGAAUGGACAGAAGGCUGCCCCAUGCUUGAUGCAAGAUAUUACCACUGCGCAGUUUCCGUGAGCGGCUGCAUCUACGCGUUGGGUGGUUACCGGAAGGGAGCUCCAGUGCAAGAAGCUGAGUUCUAUGAUCCUCUAAAAAAGAAAUGGUUUCCCAUUGCAAACAUGAUCAAAGGUGUUGGAAAUGCCACUGCCUGUGUCCUGCAUGAAGUCAUCUACGUAACUGGAGGUCACUAUGGAUACAGGGGAAGCUGCACCUAUGAUAAAAUCCAGAGAUACCAUUCAGGUAGCAAUCAGUGGAAUAUAGUCACUACAAGUCCACAUCCAGAAUAUGGAUUGUGUUCAAUUACAUUACAAAACAAGAUCUAUUUUGUGGGUGGACAGACCACGAUCAUGGACUGCUAUGACCCAGAGCAAAACGAGUGGAAGCAAAUGGCUCACAUGAUGGAGAGAAGGAUGGAGUGUGGGGCUGUGGUUAUGAACGGAUGCAUCUAUGUAACAGGAGGAUAUUCUUAUUCAAAAGGAACGUAUCUGCAGAGCAUUGAGAAAUACAACCCUGAACUGAAUAAAUGGGAAGCAGUAGAUAAUCUUCCCAGUCCUAUGCGGUCACAUGGCUGUGUCUGUGUGUAUAAUGUGUAAACAUUUAAUUUUUAUAUUGCUGUUACAGAGAACAGCAGAUGCAGUAUUUGUAAUAGUACUGAUUACCUUGUGAGUGAGAUGUCUAAUACAAUCUCUUAGCGCACAUCAUUAAAAACUAGGUGUCAUUUGUUUUUAUUUUAAACUAUUCAGAAAUAUAAAUGUGAUAAUAAGAUUUCCAUAUAUUUUUCAUUCCUUGUCAUGAAAGUUUUCAAAUGACUCACUUAUAAUACUUUGUGUGGCUGUGUAAGAACUACUGUGAAAAACAGAUUUGUUUUCAUUAAUUGCUGGAUGGUAUGAUGUGGUGCUAUGGUGAGUAAAGCUGAACAAAAUGCUCUGAA